CUCCUCCUAUACCCCCUCCCUACCGCAACACCCCAAUACCUCCUCCUAUACCCCCCCCUCCUACCGCAACACCCCAAUACCUCCUCCUAUACCCCCCCUCCUACCGCAACACCCCAAUACCUCCUCCCAAACACCCACAAAAAUGCCACCCGCAAUCAAAGAACCCCGCGCCACCAUCAUCGGCCCCGCCUCCGGCCCCGAAGCACCCUACCCCCUCCGCCUGCGCGGCGCGGUUGAGAAGGGUUUUGGGAGGGGUUCUAAACAACUCGGCAUCCCAACCGCCAACCUCCCCGUCACCUCCGCGCCCUGGAUCUCCACCGCCGACUCAGGCGUCUACUUCGGGUGGGCCUCCCUCCGACUCUCCUCCUCGCACCCUUCGCACCCCGCGAACGACAAGGAUGCCGAUGAAGACGCUGCGGAAUUAGUGCCGGAGGAGAGGAGGAAGGAGGGGUGGAGGGUCUUUCCUAUGGUGAUGUCGAUUGGGUAUAACCCGUUUUAUGGGAAUACUUUGCGGUCUGCUGAAGUCCACAUAAUGCACUCCUUCCCCGCCGAUUUCUACGGCUCCCAAAUGGCCCUGAGCAUCCUCGGCUACAUCCGCCCGGAAUACGAUUACGUCGAUAAGGAGAGCUUGGUCAAGGAUAUUAGGGAGGAUAUGGCGGUUGCGGAGAGGAGUCUGGAGAGGGAGGCGUGGAGGGAGAGGAGGGCGGAUGGGUGGUUGUGGGGGGAGGAGGAGUGAGGUGCUGGUUGGUGACGCGGGGGGUGUUUGGGGAGGGAACAGAUAUAGUUGGCUGGGUGGGAUGGGUUAUAAUC